ACUGUGGAGCGCGUUGCUCUAUCAGUCGACCUUGUCUCAGAUGGUGAGAAAGAAGGAGAACCUGUUGAUGGACUAUAUCGGUGUGAAGGCUAACGCACAGGGAUUCCGAUGCCUUCCAGACAACAAUCUACGAAGGGGAAUUGAAGAGGCUCCUAUCAGGAACAUCAUCUGCAGCGGUUCCCAGGCUGUGGACUGAACAGACACCAUGAAGGGUCUAUCAAGCAGCCGCAGUCACCACCAUGUGGUCACCUGUGACCCUGGUUCCUACGAUGCCCUAGGCCAUGGUCACCACCCUGAUCGCAAGCCCUACUUGAUCAACCAAAUGGACAUGCCCAUGUCCCACCCCUCUGACCACCCCUACUACGGCCAGGUCCAGAGCCACAUCCAGCAGAGGAACCACGCUGCCUUCCCCUCAGACAGUAGUGUGGUGCCCUAUGGGACCUUCCCCAGACGACACUACAGCAGCUCACACUACGAGCUGAAGGAUCAGAUGGGGAAGGAUGAGUGUCCUGUGGUGCCCUAUGGUGUGGGUGUUGGUGUGGGUAACAUGGUCCCCAACAAGGGCGUAAACGUCCACCUGCCAGUCAACCUGCUGGACCAGUUUGAGAGGCAGCCGUCGUUCACGCGGGAUGGGUACCACACGUUGCAGUACAAGAGGACGGCUCUGGAGCAACGCAGCGACAGCCCCGGACGCAUCCGCCACCUGGUCCACUCCGUCCAGAAACUCUUCGCCAAGUCCCACUCCCUGGAGGGGCCACACACGCACUCCAAGCAGGGCAGCAUCAAUGGCAGCAGGAAUAGCCCCGAGAGUGAGAUGCCCCCCACGCAGAAGCACCGCAAACGCAGCAAGAGCAGGGAGCGCUGCAAGUCGGCAGAGCCAAAGCAAAGGAGCUCCACCUCGGGGUACUGGAGCUCAGACGACCUCCUGGAUGACCGAGACGUCUGCCACAGCCACAGCCUGUUCCACAGCCCCACCGGAGUCAUGACCAUGGGCCGCCACCUGGACAAGUCCCAGUCGCAGUACUUCAUGGAGGCCUACAACACCAUCAGCGAACACGCUCUGAAAACGUCGCGCAGUAAUAACGAUGUAGUAAAACACACCUGUGUCCCCUCCCAUAUCCCCAUAAGCAUGGACGCCCAGCUCAUGAAGAAGAGCCUGUGGUCGUCCAGUCUAACGGUGAGCAGGGCUCGCCAAGUCUACCAGAAGGCSUCGGUUAACUUAGAUCAUAAAGCACUAGUGAAAUCUGAGGCUUGUCAGCAGGAGCGCUCAUGCCAGUUCUUGCAGGUGCCCCAGGAUGAGUGGAGUGGCUUCUCACCUCUGGAGGGGAAGGAGGACGAUAUCCCGUGUCGGCGCAUGCGCAGCGGCAGCUACGUGAAGGCUAUGGCAGAGGAUGAAGACAGCGGAGACUCAGAGGAAAGUCCUAAGCUGUGUCCAAAGAUCCAGGCCCAAGGUCGACGAGCCAGCUAUCUCAAAGCCACCCAGCCAUCACUGACUGAAAUGACCACCUUAAAGAUCUCCAACGAACACUCUCCGAAGCUGCAGAUCCGGAGCCACAGCUACCUGCGGGCGGUGAGUGAAGUUUCCAUCAAUAGGAGCCUGGACACCCUGGACCCCAAAGGGCUCCUGGACCCCAAAGCGCUGCUCUCCUCACCCCAAUACCGCUCGCGAAACGAGAGUUACAUGAGGGCAAUGAGCACCAUCAGCCAGGUGAGUGAGGUGGAGGUGAACGGGCAGAUAGAGCAGGUGUGUGAGCAGAUGUUCAGCGAGAUGGAGUCGCAGGCCAUGGAUGCGUUGGACCUGCCCAUGCCGAGUUGCUUCCGCAUGCGUAGCCACAGCUAUGUGAGGGCCAUGGACCAGGGCUGCUCCGAGGAUGAGGGGACGUCCCUGCUGCCCGCCUCACCCCCCAGGACCACCACCACCACUGUCAGGACCAUCCAGAGCAGCACAGUGUCAUCAUGCAUCACAACCUAUAAGAAGACCCCUCCCCCGGUGCCGCCCCGCACCUCCAAACCCUUCAUCUCCAUCACAGCCCAGAGCAGCACCGAGUCGGCCCAGGAUGCCUACAUGGAUGGCCAUGGCCAGGGGGGCAGGGAUAGUCACCAGCAGGGAGACAUGACCAUCCAGUCAGGCCUGUCUAACUCCACAGAGAGCAUCGACAGCAUGAAGGCCCUAACGGCAGCCAUUGAGGCGGCCAACGCCCAGGUCCACGGCCCUGCUAGCCAGCAUAUUGCAAACAGCAGCAUCACCAUCACCACCACCACCUCGGCCCUGGCCCAUAUCACUGAGGACAGCAGGAAGGAGCAGGCCAGGCGGGCCAAGUGCCAGCUGUCCAUCGGCAUCCAGGUGGACGGGCCAGAAGAGGAAGCUCUGGAGAUGGAGGACCAGUCCAAGUACCAAUCAAUUGGGGUCCAGGUGGAGGACGAGAGGGGAUACCGGCAGUUCAUCCGCUCCARCAGUGUAACGGCAGCAGUACAGGCAGACCUGGACAUGCCUGACAUGUUAGACAGCCCCCUGGACUCCCCAGAAACAGAUCUGCCCUUCUCAGGCUCUGUGUCCCGCAAGUACUCCCGCGAAGCCGCCACCUCGCCAGCCUCUGCCUCCACCGUCAGCAUCCAGGGCUCGGGCAACCACUACCACGCCUGUACCUCAGACGACUACGAUGACGUGUGCUUCGACCCGUCCAUCCUGCCCCCGCCUGACCCCUGGAUCGACAGCGUGACCGAAGAUCCCCUGGAGGUAGUCCAGAAGUUCGUGUGCCAGAGGGACGGACGCUGGUUCCUCAAGCUGCUGCAGGCCGAGACGGACCGCAUGAAGGGCUGGUGCAGACAGAUGAAGCAGGACGAACAGGAGAACGACCUGCCGGAUGACAUCUUGGGGAAAAUGAGGCUUGCCGUAGGAAGUGCUCAGCUCCUGAUGUCACAGAAGUUCCAGCAGUUCCGGGAACUUUGUGAGGAGAACCUGAACCCCAACGCCCGCCCGCGGCCCAUCUCUCAGGACCUGGCUGGUUUCUGGGACAUGCUCCAGCUGUCCAUCGAGAACAUCAGCCUGAAGUUUGAUGAGCUGCACCAGCUGAGGGCCAACAACUGGAAGCCCCUGGAGCCCCCGGAGAGAAAGGAGAGACGGAUCCCCCCUCCUGUGCCAAAGAAACCCCCAAAAGGUCACCCUCCCCUGGCCCGUGAUAGGUCCCUGGAGAGCUCAGAGAAGCAGCGGCUGGAUGCGCGAAAGCGCUUGAUGGCCGCCAAGCGAGCUGCGUCGGUACGGCAGAACUCAGCCACCGAGAGUGCAGACAGCAUCGAGAUCUAUAUCCCCGAGGCCCAGACCAGGCUAUGAGCUCCGCGGCAGGCACACCUUCACCACUACCCACACAGACAGAUUCACUUACAUCUCACACACCACUAGAUCACACACACAGGUAAACGCACACAUAAGCUUUUAACAGUAUGGUUCCUGUGAGCACACAGACCCACACAGAUUUUGUAAUAUAACCACACUAACUCUUUUCUCUGUAGUGGGAAGAGAAAUGCCAACAGUAUAGUUGUUUCUUUUACAUAUUCUUGUCUCUCUCACAAAUUUGAUCCUGGUCUUGUUUCCAUCUAUGUAACAUAGAUCCUCGCUUGAAGAUGACUCCUUCGUGAUCCUUCUUUUAAAAAGUGUAUCACUUUUACCCACACCUGUGUAACAUACACCAUGAUCUUGUGAACUGUAUAGCAUUCUUAAUCAAUGUAGACACCUGUUGAUAUCCUAAAAGAAAGCAAAUAAGUAUGUUUGAGUAUUUGGUUUCUUUAGCUAUUUUUACUUUUACCUAAGCAUGGGCCAAACAGAAUCCCUUGCUUGAUGUCCCAUUCAACCUUCUCAAUAGUUUUUUCUUUGAUUGUAACAUAAUUGGCAAACGAACAGGGUAUAUUAUGCUUAAGCAAUAUUCAUUUGAAAUCAGAUCAAGUAAAUGUGUAAAACAACUGAACACUUUGGUUUUGAAGUCCCAUCUGUAAAGAUCAGAGAUUUUAGAUAAAAAGGAUGCCUUCUUUUCUGUAGCCAAUUCUAUUGGUUUUGUCUGCUGAUGCUGUCUAUUCUAAAGACAUAGUUGCUUAUUCUAGAGAAUCACUAUCUGUUUAAACAUUUUAAUCAUUAAUGGUACAAGGACAACUAGAGACACUUUUCUUUGAUACAUGUACUUAAUUGACUCAUCCUGGGGAUUUCCCUUCUGUAAAGUCAGACAGGUGUCUAGUGUAGAUUUGUAUGACAAGUGAGGAUCUUUGUGGUGAUAAGCAACCCAAUAUGAAAUACCCUAAAAACAUAGAGAGGGACACUUAAAAACAUCUCUGGGAUGCAAGUUGUUUAAUUUCUUAACAAUGUCUUUCCAGUAGCAAGUUCAGUGGCUUAAUUUUAUUAGUAAACAGUUUCUUGGUAUGUUAGUUCAAUCCCAAAUGGACUCCUGGAAGGCCAUGUGACUGUGGUUGAGCAGGCUUAGCUCUGUUAUUUCUCAGGAAGAGAUGGAAAUUCAGUCUGUCAAAUCAGGGUCUCCUAGUGUGUGUGUGUGUGUGUGUGUGUGUGUGUGUGUGUGUGUGUGUGUGUGUGUGUGUGUGUGUGUGUGUGUGUGUGUGUGUGUGUGUGUGUGUGUGUGUGUGUGUGUGUGUCCAUCAGUGUUUAGAGGUGAGUUUGUGUGUGGUUCUCUUAAAGUGCUUCCUAAUUUCCUUGUUUGAUAUGUUGGCCUGUCUUCAAUACGGUCAAGUAGCCUCAUGAACAUACUGUACAUAGUCAAAACAACACUUGUACUUGAAAAUAGCCAUGUGUGUGUUUGUACAGAAAUUAUACAUGAGGAUGUUCCUGUAAGCAUGCAGACAAUAUUAGAAAUACAAAAUCUAUACCUAAUUUAUACUUGUAUUAGUUUAUUUAUUUAACUAUAUUUAUUGAUGAUUUAGUUUUUUUACUGUUUGGAUUCUGUUUUAGUGGUCUGUCAUGCUACUCUGAUCUUAUGUUGUAUUGUAUAGAGAUUAUAUGUGCAUACAUAUGAACACAGAAUAAAAUAAUUAUCUACUCUG